AUGGCAAACAAAUUCUUCUCAGCGUUGUGCUACCUAAUGUUGUUGCUGGUGCGGGAAACAACUUGUUCCAUGAGACAACAGAAGUUAACAGAAUUGGGAUCAAAGCUACAAAAGCUGGCACUUUCUUCUCCUUCUCUCCAACCCCACUCCUCAGACGCCAAAACAAAUGGAAGAGUGUUCUAUCCAAUUGGGUAUGGGGCAGACCCAACUGGGGUGCAGGAAAGCAGUGACGCCAUUUUGCAAGCGUUGAAUGACGCUUUCCAGGCGCAAAGCGGUCUUGAAAUGCUGCCUGGAGUGAAUGACUUGGGUGGUGUUGUAAUUGAUUUGCUAGGAGGAAGCUACGAAAUCAGCAAACCUAUAAGGUUUCCUGCUUCUGGGGGAGGCAAUGUUGUGGUGAAAGGAGGGUCGUUGAGAGCGUCAGAGACAUUUCCAGGUGACCGGCAUCUCAUUGAAGUAUGGUCUCCAAAUUCUCAGGUCCUUAAAGAAAAAGCAACUGUCCCUACUGGUAUUCCCAAUUCAAAAGAUGAUAAUGUAGGAAUCUACUAUGAGGACAUCACCUUCCGAGACAUUCUUUUUGAUUCAAGUUAUCGCGGAGGAGGGAUCUUCAUUAUUGACUCCGCUAGAAUUCGCAUAAAUAAUUGCUUCUUUCUUCACUUCUCAACGGAAGGAAUUCUAGUUCAAAAAGGCCACGAGACUUUCAUAUCAAGCUGUUUCCUAGGACAGCAUUCCACAAUUGGUGGAGACAAGGGCGAGAAAAGUUUCACAGGCACGGCCAUUCAACUUUCAAGUAAUGAUAAUGCAAUCACGGAUGUUGCCAUCUUCUCGGCAGCAAUUGGAAUUUUAUUAGGAGGACAAGCUAACAUUGUCACGGGUGUACAUUGUUACAACAAAGCAACAGGAUUUGGUGGCGUUGGAAUUUUAGUGAAAUCAGCUGCUUCACUAACUAGAAUUGACAAUUGUUACCUAGAUUUCACAGCUACAGUCAUGGAAGACCCUGUUCAAGUUCACGUUACCAAUGGAUUUUUCCUAGGGGAUGCUAAUGUAGUGUUAAAGUCAAUUAGGGGACAAAUAUCCGGGCUAAAUAUAGUUAACAAUAUGUUUAACGGUAACGCCAGAAACAUGGUUCCAAUUAUCCACUUAGACGGCAAAUUUAGUACAAUAGAUCAAGUGGUGAUCGACCAGAACAAUGUGAAUGGCAUGAGCCUGAAAUCGACAGUUGGAAAAUUGACGGUGGCAGGAAAUGGAACAAAGUGGGUUGCCGAUUUUUCGUCGUUACUAGUAUUUCCAGAUCGGAUUAAUCAUUUUCAGUACUCAUUUCAUAUUCAAAAGGAAGCAACUGCAGGGUUCCCCGUACAUGCAGUGACCAAUGCGUCAAAUAAUGUUGUAGUUGUAGAGAGUGACAAAGCAGUCAAUGGGCUGGUUUCUGUGGCUGUUGAUCAGUAAAAUUGUAUGGGAGAGAGUAAUGUAGCUUAGUUUUAAGGAAAUAAAAGUUUAGAUGCUUGGAAUUACAAGUAUUCGUUUUGUUAUGGUAAUAUAGUUUAGAAUAAAAGAGAAACGUUUGUAAAGCUUCAUCCAUGAUAGCCUCAUGCUUUGAAUAAGUACUCCACUUGGUUAACUUCAUUCUAAAAAGUCAAUUCUACAUACUUGUAUAUUAAGUA